ACAUAAUUCAUUAGUUGUAGUGGGCCAGGCAGAGGUGAGCUGCUUAGGGGAACAUCACUGCUGUACAGGCUAAAAAGUGAAGAAUGCCUCGUGCAGGGGGAGGACGUUCUAGCGGUGGUGGAGGUGGUAGUCGUUCUUCUGGCGGAGGAGGAGGUUCUGUCAGCGUCAGUGGCUACACACGUUCAAAUGGUACGUACGUGAGUGGGUACACCCGUGCAGCACCGUCGAGUUCUUCAUCCUCAUCCUCAACCGGUGGUGGUGGCGGAGGAGGAUCAAGCAGUGCUGCAGCAUCCGCGUCAUACGCCUCGAGUUCAAGUGGCCAUGGCGGAGGGGGAGGAGGAGGCUCUGUCAAUGUCAGUGGCUAUACGCGUUCAAAUGGUACGUACGUGAGUGGAUAUACUCGCGCAGCUCCGUCUAACUCUUCAAGUGCAACCUCUGGUGCAGAUCAUGGCGUUGUACACGUGAAAGAACACACUCGUUCCAAUGGAACUGUAGUCGCUGCCCAUACACGCUCUAAGCCCGCUGCAUCCAGAUCCGCAGCUGCUUCGGGUGCAAAUGAUGUUGUACACGUGAAAGAACACACUCGUUCUGAUGGAACUGUAGUCGCUGCCCAUACACGCUCAAGGCCUACGCGAAAUUUGACUGAAGGCAUGGCAGAGGCACUUCCCUCUGUAGACAUUAAGCAAGGUCCAGCGUUUCCCGGUGAUAAUAGAAAGCGCACACACUUCGUGGACAAUCCUGUUAACCGGCGCAAGGGUCGUGUGGGUUUGCCUAUUCCAAGCAAACGUCAUACGGAACAAAGCCGUCAGGGGCUUCCCCCCGAUGCCACCAGCAGUGAGCGACAACAUGAGCGCAUCAAGGAUGCACUGUAUCGAACCACUGUUGAAGAAAUUCGACUUAUGUUGACUGAAUGUGCGGAAUCGAUCCUUGAUCGCCAGGCAACUUGGGAAGAGAAUAACGCCAUUCAAACGGCAUUGCAUCAUCACCAGCGAGCUGAAGUUGAAGAGGAAUGGUCUGAGCAAGGCGUUCCAGGAUGGACUGAUCUCCAACGCAUCAGAGCAGGACGACCAGGAGACACUCUAGUUAUUCAGCAGGAUGAAAUAACACUGGAAAAAGCAAUUGGACGUGGUGGUUUCGGAGAGGUAUUCGCUGCACGAUACAAGGGAACGGUUGUUGCUGUCAAGCGCUUGCACCUUCAGUCAUGGUCUCGGAGCAGACUGGACACAUUCAAGCGAGAGCUGCAAGUUCUUUCCCAAGUCCAGCAUCAGCAUGUUGUGGCAGUACUUGGUGUAGUACUAGAGCCACCGCAGUUCAGCAUUGUUAUGGAGUAUCUGAGUCGCAGUUUGUUCACAGCGCUGUUUAUCCACGAAGAACAGUUCUCCGGUGACAAGCAAAAGAUGAUAGUGCUGGAGGUCUGCGCUGCACUGGAGCACCUGCAUAAGGAAGGGAUCGCACACUGUGAUAUGAAAGUGGAAAAUGUGCUGCUAGAUGCAACUGACCAUGCCAAGAUCUGUGAUUUUGGCCUGAGCUUCAUCAGGUCCACUACGGAGGUGUCAAGCAGCCGCUUGGACUCAGCAACUGCCCCUCCUGGACAGGGCACACCACGCUACUCGGCUCCAGAAGUGCUACGCGGUGAGAGACUGGUGCUGAAGCAAUUGUUCGCUACUGAUGUCUACUCACUGGCCCUAGUUGUCUAUGAAGUUGUUGUGCGCAAGGAGGUAUUCAUAGACUACACGCUACGUCAACUGGAGAAAAAUGUUGGUGAUGGAGAGGAUCGUCCUGAAAUCUCAGCUCCUCCUCGCAUUCUUGCAGACACCAUCCAGCAGUUGUGGGUCAAGGAUCCAUCCAGACGCCCUACUAUGGCACGUGUCUGUGAGCUGUUCAGUGCAAUCGAUAGCUGCCACUGGGCACCGCUGAAUGCAUCCGGAUAGUAAGAUGUGCGACCACUAUGGCGCCAUGCUUGCUUUUCCAGCCUCUUUUAUAAUAGUAUGACUUAUGUACGUGUAAAUCCAUCGCACAGAGCCACUCUUAGUCUCAGGUAUCACAAUUCUCUCUACCCGCUAAUAAAAUUACAUUGUAUGCUCUCCCUGUCUCUGCAUGGGCAGACCGUCAUCUCCCUGGCGGUGCCAAGACUUCCUUGUCCCAUCUUCCCUGUUUGAUGCUAUGAUAAUCACUGCAGUCUCGUCUUCCUUUUUUGUGCCAUAAUAUCCCUAUUCCCGUUGGCUCCCAUGAUCUAUGCUGCCAAGAUGUCCCUAUGUCAAGGGCUCCCAUGAACUAUGCCAUGAUGUGCCUAUGACCUCUCCCAUGAUUUGUGCCAUGUUUCCGCUCGCACGAUUUGUGCCAUGAAUCAUGAUGCCCCUGUUUUCUCUCCCACGAUUUGUGGCAUUUUUCCCGCUCCCUAUCAUAGUUACAUAAUAUUAUUAGUGUCUUUCUGCAAUGCCGAUCUCUCUGUUCCGUCUCACAUGACCGAUGCCACGAUGUCCCUGUCCCGGCUGUCCGCGCUCUCAUGUACAUGUACAUGAUUUGAUAUAAUCCAAAACUGGUAAACCAGUAUUAGAUAAACCUUGUUGUAGUUCA